UGUCAUGAUUUUUAACGUUUUGUUUUUGCGUAACUGUUUGGACUUCCCUUUUCUUAAUUUGGUGGUGACUGAAUACUAAAUAGAUACUAAAAUGAGGGCUAUCCACGAGAACCCCUUAAAACAACACCACAGCGCCACUGCCAUUCAUUUUAACGAAAAAUCAAUAUUGUUAACAAAUCGAAGACGUAUAUUUACUGGAAAAAAUAUUAAGAUCUUGGCGCUGACUAUAGUAUGGUUAACUGCAACCGUUAUUUUCAUUGUCAAACCGGAACAUCACUUAACAUAUCGCUAUUUACACAUACCGCCACAAUUCAACAAAACCGUCAGCAUCGAAGAAAGUUCAGACAACACUCGCUUAGACGUUCACUUAAAGGGAGCUUUUUCAAAAGCAUCUACGGCAUCGACACUAACAUUGUACGCUGUCGUUAAUAACGGAACAAAGCGUGUGUCGGAAUACCUAAGCUUUUCACUAGUCGACGCAAGUGUCUUUGAAACUACGGAUCCCACGCAUAUAUCCGAAGUAAUAACAUUGUCAGAAAGCUUAUCGGCGAAUGAAAGGGCCGAUCUCAAAUUAUCUCUAAGCUCAAAUUGUAACGCUACUUUUACGUUGGCAUUGGCAUACGCAACUAAACCGAUGAGCGUUGAGGCAGGUAUUGGUAUUGGUGCCGCUGUACUUCUGGGAUUGUACAUUCUAAUAAUAUCCGAAGUUGUUGAUCGAACAUUUGCAUCUCUGAUUGUCAGCACUUUGUCGGUUGCAGCGCUAGCACUUUUUAACGAACGACCAGACCUUGAGGAGAUUUUGUCGUGGGUUGAUAUGGACACAUUGAUGUUACUGUUUGGAAUGAUGAUUUUAGUGGCCAUUACUUCAGAAACUGGAUUUUUCGAUUACAUGGCUGUCUUUGUGUUCAAGAAAACGAAAGGAAGAACCUGGCCUCUAAUUUGCAGUCUAAGCAUAGUGUCUAUGGUAUCAGCACUAGUACUGGACAGUGUGUCCACUGUUUUACUCAUGACUCCAGUGAUCAUCAGACUAUGCGAAGUGACCAAUUUGGAUCCUGUACAAGUUCUCACAAUAAUGAUUUUAGCGGUUAACAUUGGCAGUACGGCAUCACCGGUGGGCAAUCCACCGAAUGUGAUGAUCAUCAACCAUGCAUUCAUCAAAGAAUCAGGAAUCGGCUUUCUGGACUUCGUUCUCCACAUAUUGCCCGGCGUAUUGAUACUAACCGUUCAGUCAUUUAUGCACCUUCGGUAUUUUACAUUCAGACAAAUGGCAACCCUACAAAAUGCCGAACCGCUUGAAGUGUCGACUAUUAAGCAUGAACUGAAAAUGUGGCGAAAUACCGAACGUUCGAUAUCAGCCAUAUCAAAGUUUGACGACAUCAGUCGAAGUGUUAUUCAGAGCAGAGUGCUGCUGUUGAAUGAAGCGCUCGAACGUGAAUUACAGAACAGUCACGAGGGCACCGAACUGAGAAACGUUUCAUACUAUUUAUCAGGUCAUGCUCGAGCCCGUGCAUUAGAAAGUAGAGUCUUUGAUCCGAAAGACAAUGGGGAAACGAUGGACGAGGAUGAUGCACUUGAGCAGCUCACUCGUCGUCUUGAAGAACUGUACCCCAUCAAAAACAGAGAGCUUUUGAUUCAAUGUGGUAUUGCAUUCUUCGUCGUCAUCUGCUUUUUCUUUCUGCACGCUGUUCCAUACUUUGAAAAUCUGUCUUUAGGAUGGGCUUCAUUGCUAGGUGUGUGCUUACUACUUAUAAUUUCAAACAACAACGACGAUUUCAAAACAUCUCUCCUGAUGGUCGAAUGGUCGUCGUUGUUAUUUUUCGCUACCUUGUACGUGUUGAUGGAAAGUCUGACGAAAAUUGGCCUCAUUCAAUUCGUUGGAAAUCAAAUGUCGAAAUUAGUGGAAAUGGCCUCUACUGACAGCAGACACACAGCAGCCGUUCUAUUGGUGUUAUGGGUGUCCACAAUUAUCUCGGCAUUUCUUGACAACAUUCCACUCACAUCAAUGAUGACGAAAGUCGUUGCAACCUUAUCUACGUCACUAAACUUACCACCAGGUCCAAUGGUUUGGGCACUUGCGUUUGGAUGUGGAAUCGGAGGAAACGGAACUCUAAUUGCUUCAUCAUCAAAUCUGGUGUGUAUCGGAGUAGCCGAACAGCACGGUUACAAGUUUAGCUUCCUGAACUUUAUGAAAAUUGGAUUACCCCUGUUGCUUACGAAUGGCCUAGUGGUUUCGCUUUAUUUAUAUUUGCAUGUGUUAUUGGAAUGGUACAAUUAAAAUUAUCGAACU